CUGGUGCAGGAGCUGGAGCAGCACCAGUUGCUUCCCAAAAGGUUGGAUUGGCAAGGAAAUGAGCAUAAUAGAAGUUAUGAAGAAUUGGUGCUGUCCAACAAGCAUGUGGCUCCGGACCAUUUGUUACAAAUUUGCAAGCGAAUUGGCCCUAUACUGGAUAAGGAGAUUCCACCCAGCAUUCCGAGAGUGAAUUCCUUACUUGGUGCCGGGAGACAGUCGUUGUUACGUACAGCAAAAGGUAUGUUAUUAUUUGAGAUGGGUAUGAUAUAUUUUCAUGAGUAUAUGGUGAAGGCUUUUGGAAUACUUGAAAGUGAUUGCAGGAACACUGUUUGGAAGGGCUCUGCAUUUGCUGCUCUUCACAGAGGAAGACCUCCUGAAAUUCCUGUGAACUAUGGCACACCACCAAAUCUUGGUAAGCUUUUUUCAACACUUGUCACUGCUGCUGUGGAUGUGUGA